AUGCGUGAAUAUCGGGUGGAAAGGAUUUUGAGAUUCCUAAACCUUCGCCGAUCAAAAUACACACCCCAAGCCGUAGUACAGAUUCCUAAACCUUCGCCGAUCAAAAUACACACCCCAAGCCGUAGCCCCGCCAUGGACAGCGCCGACAUGGACGUUGUCGAGUACGUUGACCAUUUCGAUCACGACGACAACCUCAGCGACAACGUCAACGACAACCUCAGCGACAACCUCAGCGACAACCUCAGCGACAACCCGUCGGAUGCUGAAACACUCGAAGCGUCAGACCUACCCAUCUCUGGAUCAGCCGCAUCAACGGCAACAAAUCGUCCGGCCCUGCUGCCCCCAGCCAUUCUCGAACCCUUGAUAACGCAAGUCCAAGGUCGCCCGUGUUGCGUUGUUUGCCACAGCGAGCUGGCCGACGUCUCCGAUCUCUUCCGAUGCCGCCUGUGCGAUGUUUAUCUUUGCAACUGCCACACUCCCUCGAAGCAGGACACCAUGCGUCUCCGGGUGAUGCACGUUGUUGCACACAUGCGGAUAACAGGCCACAUGGAUCUCGAUUGGAUCUCCCUUACCCAAACGGCCGUAUCAACGGCAACUCGCAUCCAAUGUCAAGACCACCCGCACGUUACCAACCCCUACACUCUCUUCUUUGAUACCCACACCCGAACCAUGAAGUGCGACAGCCAUGCAGGAGACUCGGCAUGCAUCCUUUCGGAGUCCAACGGCGUACAGUGGCUCGGGGGACCCAUGGGAUGCCAGCCCAUUGCUAAGGAACCCCGUAGCAAGGCCGCGGUUGAGGAGCUCCUCCACAACUACCUACUGCUCUCAAGGAACCCGACGACGUUGAAAGAACCCCAAUGGGUACAGGCUCUGCAAGUUGCAACUGAGGAAGCCGCAGCGGAUCUCUUGUUCCACACCCGAGUGGUCGCGUAUGGCAACUGGGACGCAUUCAGGUUGUACCAGCUCAGUCAGCUCCAACGGGAGCGGAUGGCUUGGCGCCGGGAAGUGAGCAUCCUCAAUGUAUGCAUAGCUUGGAAGCGAGACAGCGAAAACGUGGAGUGGACUGUUGGAACUCUCACGUUUCCCGCCUCCGCCUACAGCGGUUCCUUGACCGCCCUCCGCGAGAUCGACCCAGAGGUGCGGAUCGUCCGCGCCAACAGCUCGCUGAACGCCUCGGGGACCCUUUGCUUCCCAGGGGAAGUCGAAGAACGCAAUCGCUUCCCACCCCCCGCCAUCCCAAACGCCAAUCAAGACACCUCCCUCCCAAACGCCGAUCAAGGCACCCUCCAACCCUUCACGACAGCAUACGUCAGGGUUGCCAAGCAGAUCAUCGACGAUAUGUUUGUCGGCGCCUCUCUCUACCAUGUCCUUGUCCCGGAGGUGCACGUGGACCUCCUGAAGGUGAUGAGCGCCUUGAAAAACCCCGACAAUGUCCCCGAGGUCGUCCAGAAGAUUCUUGUGGCCCCACCCCAAAAACACCAAUGGUCACCGCCGUCGCUCUGGCCGUCGACCCCGUUGAUAGAGGAUCACCUGCAUUCGGCAUCAUGGGGUGGCCUGGUGUCGGGAAGACAGAGCUCAUCGGCUGCAUCAUCGAUCGACACGACCAUCAACUGCCCACAUCUCCACGACACGGUCGAUAACCAAAGCACAGAUGCCAAUCAAUUCGAUAACCAAAGCACAGAUGCCGAUCAGUGCCCUGAUCUCCACGACACGGUCGAUAACCAAAGCCCUCAAGACGGAGAGAAUGGAGGUCACAUUCUCGUCACCAGCAAUAGCAACGCUGGAGUGAUGGUCGUGCUAUCCAAGAUCAUCGGUUCCAUCGGGUCCGAAGCUGUCGACCUCAAAUCCGACAUCUUCUGGGUCCAGAAAUCCAUCUUCGAUCGAUCUUCCAUUCGCGACGAGGCCCUUCUUGCUCUGAACAAGGGCCAAGCCUAUCAAGAUAUCCUCCAGCAGCUCAUUGAUAAUGGCGAGCCCUUCCCGGUUCUGCCGUUCUGGGGCGCAAGCAUCAACUCCGGCAGCUCAAUCUCCCAGGGGUAUCAACCCCACCCUUGCUCGGUGACACCCCGGGAAUGUCUCGAGCUUCUUGAAGCACACCGCCAGCGGCCGCUCGUUGGCCUCAACAUCGGCAAGUUCAGAUGGGGCCUCAGCCGGAUCAAGGCUACCCUUUUUUUGAAGAAGAAUAUCUUCGUCGCCACUGUGGGCAUGUGGAAAGUAACUCUUCCUUUCGUGAGGAAAAUUGGGGUCAAGAUCGGAACUAUCAUCGCGGAUGAAGCCUCCGCCAUGUACGAAGCGUCCAUCGCCGCCAUGGCCACCCCCAACCCCACAAACAUCGUGCUCCUUGGCGAUCCCAACCAGCUCAGACCACACGUGGAGACUCGGGGCGGCGUUGCGAACGCCAUUGCUGGCUCCCUCAUUGAGCGAAUGGCGUACACCAACAACCAUCCCCACAAGUGGCUCCGCACCCAAUUCCAGCUUUCGCCGAAGCUGUUAACCCUGCAGAACGUCCUUUUCCUCGGCAACCACACCAGUCAACAUCCCGCGGAGGAGCUGAAGACCCGAUGGCAAACCACCCCUACGGGCGUAUCAACGGCGACCUCGUCGACCCAAACCACCCCUAGGAGCGUGUCAUCGCUGACCGAGGAGCAAUUGGCUUUCAUCCACGUUGCAGGCAACAAACAACCGCAUCCCACGAUUUCGUCGUCGUACCGCAUCCCACAAUUUCGAGGAGAAUGA